CGUAAUUACAGGUUCUAUUUCCUCGCUUAUAUUUAAUUGUAUAGAUUAAUUGAACUAAGGCAAGUUAUUUGAGAUUUAUACAAGAAGGCGACGAUCAUUUUCUUCGUGUCAAGCGGUGCAGGAAUUCAUUCGUCUUCGAGUUUCAGUUUAAAUUCUAAUAAAGUGUGUUCGAAUCUGAACAGGCAAAUAUGAUGUCCUUCGAAAUGAACGACCGAAAAAAAAUUGGACUGGGACUGACGGGGUUUGGAGUGUUUUUUUCAUUCUUGGGGAUCAUUUUCUUCUUCGACAAGGGACUACUGGCUAUGGGAAACAUCCUGUUCUUCUCAGGUGUGACAUUAACAAUUGGACUCAAGUCAUCGGCGCAAUUCUUCAUGAAACGAUCCAAUUUUAAGGGAACGGUUUCAUUUGGUGCUGGCUUCUUCUUUGUCAUUGUUGGAUGGCCUAUUGUUGGAAUGAUGCUAGAGGCAUAUGGAUUUGUCGUACUCUUCAGUGGCUUUUGGCCAACACUUGCUGUUUUUCUGCAGAGGAUACCUGGUCUUGGUUGGCUGUUCCAGCAGCCUUUUUUCAGAUCGUUCUUUGACCGUUAUCGAGGAAAAAGAGUCCCUGUAUAACUUUAGUCUAGGAAAGUGCAAGAAGACGCACCAGUUAGCCACUUGUAAGUUUUGUAAGAAACUGUCUGAACAACAAUUCCAUAUAAGACAGCUUGGUCUGCUCUCAGUCGAUAUAGGGCUUGAUUAGUACAUGUUAUCUUUCUAUGCUUACUUUUCUCUUCAUUGGUAAAUAGAAGUCGAUUACUUUCAUGGAGACUUAAACAUUCACCAAUCAUUUUUUAUUUGUUAACCAAUAUGGGUUCGUAAUUU